CGCGUACUUAAAACCGUCAUGAACCGCGAAAAGGAAAACGAUUACACAAAUACAUCCGGUAUUGAUGAGGAAAGUCUCAAAUGUCCAAAUCCCAUUACCAGUCAAGGAGCCGGAAGCCGCCGUGCCCGGGCCGAGAGCAGCUGCGUACGGUGGUGGGAGGGCCUCCGCACCCGCUCACCAUUCUCGCAAUCCAUGAUACCUCUAGAGCCUCUAAGUUCGGCAGAAGGGGACUUUCUAGCAAUGCCUAGCUAUCCUGCCGAGGCGGAGGCGCGGACCCGUGCCAUUGACAGAUACCUCGCUGCCGAGUCCCAGCGGAGGAAACGGCAAUUGAAGAUCGUCCUUUUCGGCGAUGAGCACGGCAAGAGUCAUUUUUUGAAGCAAACCCGCCUUCUUGAGCUCCCGCUUUCCAAUGACGAACGCGCAAAUGUUCGAGUCGAGGCGAGGCGCUUCGUCGCGUCGAUAUGCCGGGAAUGCUUGCUGAUUGUUGAAGCAUGUGCGGGCUAUCCAGAAUGGAUUAAUGUCCAUCCAGUCCUGGGGCGUGUCAAGGAGUUUGUGUCGCGCGAAGAAACCGAAGACGAAGAAACGGUUGAAAGCAUGGUGAACCUGUAUUGCGACGAAGAACUGCGGCUCGCACUUAAGCAGUUUGGCCAUAACCUCGAAAACAUCGAGCGACGAUUCUUGAAUGGCCGCUUUCCGCAUAUCCUUACUUGCCCCUGCACUGGAAAUGGUAAUCUGAGUAAGCUCUUGAAGCGAAUCUUUGCGCCAGAGUACGUCCCUACAGAGCAUGACUGGUUCCACUUUGACCAGCGCCGUUUGGAGCCAGUGGCCCAGGAGGCUCUCAUCCAUCGAGACAGCCACACGAUGCGAUUUUUACAAAUCACGGAUAGGUCAACACAGAGGCGAAAAUGGAUUCACAUUUUGGUGGAUGACGCGGCCUGUGUUCUUUUUAUCUCUGACCUGGCCAUCUAUGACCAGAGUCUGCUGGAAGAUGAGACCAUAAACAGGCUCCACGAGGAUUUCCUGCUCUUUAGCUCGUUGGUCAACUCAAGAUGGUUCACCCAAACGCCAUUCUUCGUCAUUUUGUCAAAUGUCUCGGCCUUUAGAAACAAGAUUCUGCAGUCGCCGCUGUCGAAAUGGUUUCCCCAAUUCAAGGGAGGCAGUGACGGAGAUGCAGCGCUCAAGUUCAUUAAAGACCGGUUCCAGGAACUUGCGAAAGCUAACCAAAAUGUGUAUAUACACGUUGCAGAUAUUCAUAGUGCAGAGGGCGUGAUAGCUGCCAUUGAGACUAUGGAAAAUACGUCACUUAGUAAAGUUUUAAAAGAGCUUGGUAUGCCUCCUGUCAAGUGUAAAAACUAGUCUUUAAGAACUUUACCCUUUGCCGGGCUUAAUUCUAUUAGUAGCGCGCUUUCCAUAGCUUCCCUAUUUGCUUUAAAGGCCAUGGCGAGCACGAAUUAUAUCCUUUACUAAGCAGCAGCUCGGCAAGAUUGCUUGCAGAGCGUCUACUAGCCUGAAGACUAUGAUCUGCUUCUUAUUUCA